UGGCAACAAAUACUGUACUAGUAGUUCCACACUUCCUUCCUUUCAGCUUCAGGUGCCAGUAGCUUCCAGCGUUGUUCUGCAGCAUGGCUGGCACUAGAGUAGCGGUAGUGACAGGCGGUAACAAGGGCAUAGGGUUUGCUAUAGUGAAGUCCCUGUGCAAGAAGUUCCAGGGGGAUGUCUAUCUGACAGCCAGGAGCCCCGAGCUGGGGCAGGAGGCCGUGAAGGAUCUAAAGGACAAGGAAGGAUUGUCAGCUCACUUCCAUCAGCUGGACAUCAACGACCUGCAGAGUAUCAGGAACAUUAGAGAUUUCCUCAAGGAGAAGUACGGGGGGAUUGACGUGCUCAUUAACAAUGCUGGGAUUGCUUUUAAAGCUGCGGACACUACCCCGUUUGCUACUCAAGCUGAAGUCACCUUGAAAACCAACUUCUUUGCUACUAGAGAUGUCUGUGAUGAACUCUUACCCCUUAUAAAGCCAGGAGGUAGAGUUGUCAAUGUAUCCAGCAUGGUUAGCGUUAAUUCCCUGGGACGUUGCAGCCCUGAACUCCAGAAGGUGUUUCGCAGUGACACCAUCACAGAAGACGAAUUGGUAAAAUUAAUGGAGACGUUUGUUGAAGAUACCAAAAAUGGAGAUCACCAAGAAAAGGGUUGGCCAAACACAGCUUAUGGAGUAUCCAAAAUCGGGGUAACAGUGCUUUCCAGGAUCCAAGCACGGCUUCUAAAUGAGAAGAGAAAGGGGGAUGGCAUUUUACUCAAUGCCUGUUGUCCUGGAUGGGUAAGGACCGAUAUGGCUGGUCCCAAGGCUCCCAAGACUCCAGAUGAAGGUGCAGAGACACCGGUGUAUUUGGCUUUACUGCCCCCUGAGGCCGAUUCACCUCAUGGGCAAUUUUUAAGUGAAAAGAAAGUUAUAAAAUGGUAAUAAAAUUUACAAUAAAUGCUAAACGCAGUAUAAUCACCUCCUUUAUGAACAAAAAGCCUUAAUAUAUUAGGAAACUAUGUAGUGUGUAUAAAUGUUUAAACCUUUAUUUCUUUUCUUGUGCUUCUAUUUUGAAAUAAAUACUUUGUUUACCUAAAA